CGAUUACCUGAACGAUCGGCCCCCUCCUUAUAUACGGCAAAAUGAAACAAGCACAAGCUGCAAAAUCAUAUAACCUGACUUGUUGUCCCACAAACUAGUUUUUGGUCAUGUCAAUUAGUCCUACCACAUCCAUGGACGAAUGUCUGGAAGUGCAGCAUCGCGAGUCUAAACCUAUUCAGUAUUAUCUAGUACAAGUAAAGGAUACGUGGACGAGAAAGAAUCGGAAACCGUUGAAGAACAAAAAUAAACGGUUGUCAUCUGCCGAAAUACAUGAGUGCACUGAAGAAAAGGGGACUACCUGGACGGUGGUCAGUCCCAUUGUUUUCACCUAUCAGGUAAUUGAGACCCAAAACCUGUUGGAUCCCAGCAACGAUGUCCUUCUGACUGGCCACGUCAGAGAUCCCCAUCAGCUACAGGUCCUGCAGAGUAACCCCAGGCGUCUCAAGCGCUUCGUGGUCAUGGACGAGACCGUGUUCAAGCUCUAUGGCUCUCAGGUCACCGACUACUUCAAGAGCCGCAAUGUCCUGCACAGGAUACUUUCAUUGCCCACCACAGAAGAAAAUAAGUCAAUGGAGAUGGUUAUUAUGAUCCUCAAUGAGGUCCACAAGUUUGGCAUCGACAGGCGCACAGAGCCGAUCAUCGCUAUCGGAGGCGGUGUGUGUCUGGAUAUAGUAGGACUUGCUGCUUCCCUGUACAGGAGACGCACUCCUUACAUUAGAGUACCAACCACUCUCCUCUCCUACAUUGAUGCCAGCGUGGGGGCCAAGACUGGGGUCAACUUUGCCAACUGCAAAAAUAAGCUUGGCGCGUACAUUCCACCUGCUGCUGCGCUGUUGGACAGGUCCUUCCUUCAAACAUUACCACGAAGGCAAAUCUCAAAUGGUCUGGCUGAAAUGCUCAAGAUGGCGCUGAUGAAGCACCAAGGGCUGUUUGAGCUGCUGGAGCAGCACGGCCAAUACCUGCUCAACUCCAGGUUUCAGUCCAGCAACGUGGACUCGACCCCAGUGGCUGCUAUCACCACUAAGGUGGCCAUUGUGACCAUGCUGGAGGAGCUGGCCCCCAACCUCUGGGAGGACAACCUGGACAGACUAGUGGAUUUCGGCCACCUCAUAAGUCCUGAACUUGAGAUGAAAGUGCUUCCAGCGCUGUUGCACGGGGAGGCGGUGAACAUCGACAUGGCCUUUAUGGUGUACGUGGCCCGUGAGCGGGGUCUGCUGACAGAGGAUGAGAAACUGCGGAUCGUCAACUGCAUGCUGGCGCUGGAGCUGCCCGUGUGGCACGGGGACUUCACACUGGCCCUGGUGCAGCGGGCGUUGGCCGAACGCCUUAAGCAUUCGGGAGGACUGACAAGGAUGCCUUUGCCCACCGGCCUUGGCCGUGCAGAAAUCUUCAAUGACACAGAUGAUGAAACCCUGUGCCAUGCCUAUGAGAGGUGGUGUGAUGAGUUAAGCUCAGGACUUAGAUAGUGAUAUAUUGAGUUAAUGUUUGACCUCCUGUUUACCCUGUAUUGAUCAAUUCUGUUUGAAUAACACAUGCAUUUGUUACAAAACUUGAUGUUGUAUUGCCUUUUGUGAGAAGGUAUUCCUAAAAGCACAAAAACAGACCACACACAGACCAUGCAAGAACAAUAAGUAAGUAUAAGUAUAUAUACUCUUUUGAUCCCGUGAGGGAAAUUUGGUCUCUGCAUUUAUCCCAAUCCGU